CUCACCCCAAACUAGGUGACCAGUACACUCUCAGAAAUGGCUGCGGCUAAAGAGGAAAUGUACCCGAAGAAAAUACUGGAGUAUAUGGAGGGAUAUCUGGUGUCUAAGACGCUGUUUACUGCGUGUGAGUUGGGGGUGUUUGACCUGCUGCAGGACUCUGAGAUCCCGCUGGCUGCUGCAGACGUGGCUCGAGCUCUGAACAGCAGUGAGGACGGCAUGAACCGACUGCUCUCAGCCUGCACCGGACUGGACCUGCUCACAACCCAGAACACUGCAGACGGUCCUGUACUUUACAGUAACACAGAGAUGUCCAGUGUGUUUUUGACCAAGUCCAGUCCUCGCUCUCUGUAUCACUCCAUCGACUACAACUCCAACACCAUGUACCUGUGCUGGCAUUACCUGCCCCACGCAGUCAGAGAGGGGAAAACUCAGUAUGAAAAGGCAUUUGGCGUGAGCUCCAAGGACCUGUUUGAAGCCGUGUACAGGUCUGAUGAGGAGAUGGUGAAGUUCAUGUGGCUGAUGAACUCCAUCUGGAACGUCUGCGGGAGGGACGUGAUCUCGGCCUUCGACCUCUCGCCCUUCAGGAGUAUUUAUGAUCUGGGAGGUUGUAGUGGAGCGUUGGCCAGGCAGUGUGUAAAGCUGUACCCUGACUGCACCGUCACCAUCUUUGACCUGCCGAAGGUCGUGCAGAUGAGCCGAGAGCACUUCCUGUCGCCUGAGGAAGACCGGAUCUCUUUUCAUGAGGGAGACUUCUUUAAGGACAGUCUUCCAGAGGCUGACCUCUACGUCCUGGCGAGGAUUUUACACGACUGGACAGACGAGAGAAACGUCGAGCUGCUGUCCAAAAUUCACCAGUCCUGCAGACCAGGUGGAGGUGUGUUAGUGGUUGAAGCUCUGCUCAGUGAGGAUAACAGUGGUCCUCUGACCGCUCAGCUGUACUCUCUGAACAUGCUGGUUCAGACUGAGGGGCGGGAGAGGAAGGGCUCAGAGUACGCCGCCCUGCUGACCAGAGCCGGAUUUACCACCGUCCACAUCCACAACACCGGAAAGAUCUACGACGCCGUACUCGGACUGAAGUAAAGCACAGCUCUGCAGUGUCCUCUCUGAGCCUCCGUAAAAGAGGAGGAGCAAAAACACCUCCAAUAAAAAGAUAAAUAAACCAAA